AUGUGUCGUCCAAAGGAUAACCAAAAUCUAGCACUUCCCGAUUUAGUUCGCAUCGAUCACAUAAUAAGCCAAAAUAUACAGCUACAAGAACGAGUAAACCGACUAGAAAUACGUGAAGUCGCUCAUAACCUCGUUCGAAUUGAAUUACAAAGAGAAAAUAUGGAGUUACGAGCUGAAUUAAGAGAGAGAAAAAUGGUACCAAAUUUAGUUGUGGUGGUAUCAUGCGCAAUCAUUUUAAUAGUUGAACAUGUUGAAUAUUUAUUUUUACAAGCAUUUGUACAUGUUGCUGAGGCACAUGUUGAUACCGAUAUUGUUCCUCAACCAGCUAAUGUACAACAUGAACAAUCACAACCAUAUAUAUCAAUCCCAGGUCGAUCAACCUGA